UCGCGUUCUGUUGUGUAUGCGUAUUAGAAUCAGAUCGUAUGAUUGUGGAAAUGUCUACCGAUAAACGUAGCCUCUCUAUUUUACCCGUGAAUCGAUUCGUCUAACAUUUGACGUUCAACGGAUUAAUGCAUAUUUUGAACAUUCAUCCAACAUGUCAGACAUUGAAGAAGACGAGUUUCAAGAUGCCCUGGAGUCCAUACCAGAACCUACUUCUAUGGACUUGGAUACAGCAAUAAUGGAAGCCAAGAAAGCAAUGCAUUAUUUUUUUAAUAAUGAUUUCGACAAAGCAAGAAAAAUUAUGGAACCAUGGGCAACCAGCAGCAUGUACCAUUCGUUAGGGACAAGCGUUUUUGCAUUCCUCGAGGCGAUUCUUACAUUUGAACAAAAACACGUUGAAAAGGCAGCUGCAGCCGUGAAGCAGUGCAUGAGCGUAUGUUUAAAGCAACGCAAACAUGUAACACUAACGCAAAAUAUUGGCAAAAUGGUCAAGAAGACUAAUUAUGAUGCUUAUACAGUUGAGGAAGUGCAUGCGGAACUCUGUUAUGCCGAGUCACUACUUUUAAAAUCGAUGCUCACGUUUGUGGAGGACGAAACUCUGGUCAGCUUUGUCAAGGCUGGAUUGAAAAUUCGUACCUGCUUUCUGUCGUAUAAGGAAUGUUUAACAAUUUUGAAUAAUCGUAAAUGGGGAAAUGAUGUUCACAAGAUUCAUUUUGAAAGCGGCGUUCGCACAGGAAUUGGAGCAUUUAAUUUGAUGAUCUCAUUAUUACCAGCAAGAAUUAUUAAAUUAUUAGAAUAUAUUGGAUUCUCUGGCGAUAAGGAGUAUGGUUUAUCGGAGCUAGAAGCAGGGUAUAAAGAAAGAAGAGGAUUACGGCACGUUUUGUGUGCAAUGAUUCUUUUAUCUUACAACUUGAUAGUAUCUUUUGUACUAAGUCACAAGGAUGGUGACCUAGAGUGGUGUGAAAAAGUAUUGGAGGAUGAGUUAACUCACUAUCCAAAUAGUGUAUGGUUUUUAUUUUUCAAGGGGAGAUUAGAAAUGACAAGAGGAAAUUUUGAAACUUCAAUAAAAUGGUAUACAAAGUCUUGGAAAAGCCAAGACUUAUGGCCUCAGUUUCAUCAUCUUUGUUUUUGGGAAUUAAUGUGGGCACAUUGUUGUCUUCAACAAUGGAAUCAAGCCGCUACGUUCGCUUGCAAUUUAAUCGAGGAAUCGAACUGGUCGCGUACCAUUUAUUUAUAUCAGAAAGCUGCGAUACUCCUCAUGCAGAAACCAUCGUCAAAAAGUGAAGAAAAACAACUAAUAGACACGUUAAUGAUGCAGGCGCCAACCUUUAAGCAACGCAUUGCUGGCAAGUCAUUGCCACUGGAAAAAUUUAUUAUUAAAAAAACGGAACGAUAUUUUGCUCAGAAAAAGAAUUUAGUCCUUCCUGUAUUUGAACUUAUGUUCGUAUGGAAUUUGUUCCGGAUUAUCGGCAAACGACAAGAUUUAAUGUUAAAUAUAUUUAAACUAAUCGAAGAAGCUGAAAGGGAUCUUCAGAAAGCCCCGAAAACUGAAUUUCAUGGGGACAACGAAGCGCUUCUGUUGCUCUUAAAGGGCGCUUGUUUACGACAACUAAAACGUCCUUUACUGUCCGAGAAUUGUCUAACUCGUGUUAUCAGCUUGGAUAAAUCAAUUAAAGAAGAUACUUAUAUACUUCCGUACGCAACAGUAGAAUUAGCUUUAUUAGCACAAGAUCAAGGAAACAUUCAACUUGCUAUUGGGUUUUUAGAAGAUGCUAAAAAGAAUUUCACUGGGUAUCCACUUGAAUCCAGAUUACAUUUUAGGAUUCACUCAGACUUAAUGAACUUAUCUGGAAAAAAGAGUGAAGAUGUUGUAGUAUAA